UUAUUAUUUAAUUACUGUAGAAAACUAAGAAGAAGAAACCUGAGAAGAAGAAACCUGAUGAGGUGACGUACGCAUCCUUAGAAGGCUUUCAACCACCAGGUGGUCGUGGUGGCAUUGUCCUUGAACCCCUUCCAAAGGACGAGCAUACCAAAAUGCCUGACAAGUACGAGGAAACUAUCUACUCGGAGAUUAUUGGGACCAAGAAACUGGUUAGUGGCAAUGAGAGUGCUGCUGGUGCUAGUAAUGAUAUCCCUUUGUCUGAUAUGCAUGGUCAAGGUACUGAGACAGAGUCAAACCCUUCAGACCAGACUGCAGACCCAGCAAAGCAAAAUGACCAGAAACCAGCCACCGAUGAAAAAGAAAAGCCACCAGACAAUCAAGUGCAGCCUCCGACCAAAGAGGAUUCUGGUAAGGAGGAAUCAGACUCAGCGGAAAGUUCAGUUACCAAAUUGUUGUGAUGCACGGCAAGUAUAAAAUAAGCAGCAGGUGCAUGAUUUAACAUAAUUAUUCAUUGAUAUUAAAAUCGUUAUUCUUCUCAUUACCCAAGCCUCGGUCAUCCAGUUGCUAUAUUUUUCUUAUCCUUGAUUUGUGUCUGAGAAAAAAACGGGAAUUAUAUACUUUAUAAAAAGUAUGCCGAGUGCAAUAAAUAAUAGAGUGAGAAGAGGAAAGAUGUUGAUUGCAAUUCCACACUGUACACUAGACUAUUGUUAGUGCCUUUAGUCCUGAUCGUUCGCUUACAAUAAAAAAUGACUUGUUUCGUGAAGGUCAAUGACCUUCACUCAAGACAAAAAAAUAACAAAAUAAGACACACAAAUAUCAAAAAAAGAA